AUGCCCAUUCCCCGCCCAGCAAUCCUCUCCUCAAUCCACUCCCUUAUCUCAGCCUUCACCUCCAACGCCUCCACUCCCACCAUCCUAGCACACUUCACCACCUCCCCAACCCCUCUGGUCCACGAACACGGCUCCCCGCUUUUCCAAUCUUACCUCCCCUUCCUGGGACGCGACUUCAUCGGCCUCAAAGCCGUAGGCGAAUACUUCGACCUUCUCGCUAAACACCUCUCCAUCAGCGACGCCCACUUCGACGACGAAGAUGACUGGGUCGUCGAUCCACAAAAUAUGACCGUUUGUCUAAGGGGUCGUGCCCGGUUCACGGUCAACGAUACAAAGGAAUCUUGGGUGGAGACGUUUAUAUGGCGUGUUACUCUGUCCGAGGAUUUGACGGGGGAAAGUGAACCGGAUGAUGCGGGUCAGGGGCUCAAAGUGCAGGAGUAUAGGGUAUGGGCUGAUACGGGGGCUGCAUAUUUGGCUGCUAAGGGGGAACUGGGCGUUUUAGAAGCUGUGAGUCAGGGGAAAGGAGCAAAAUCCGUCGCGGGAGCUGCGAAGAGUGAUGGAGUUUUGGGGGGAAACGAUUAUCCGGUUAAAGAUAAAUUGGGGACUGGAUUGUCUUUUGGUGGGAGUUCGGGACUGUUAGAUGAAAACGAGAAUAUUGUGCUAAAGUUACAAUUUCAAGCAGAAGUAUAA